UGCACAGAAACCUGGAUCCCGAGCUCCUUAAAGGGACAGCCGGCUGCACCUUCGAGGAAGACGUGGAUUUAAACCAGUGUGAGUAUAGCCAACGGGAGGACGAUGACUUCGAGUGGGAGCUGAUCCGCAGCUAUGUCAUGCCUCACCUGACCUCUGACCUUCCUCACGUUCAGCCACUGCAUCGAAAAAUCAGUUCUUCCGGCAGGUCUAUGCCACUUCAACAGGGAGCAGGAUUUAUUUUAAGUUCCUAUCUGAUGGUCAACUCCUCCCAGCAUGCGCCGGGGCAGAAAGCUCACCUCUUCUUCCAGACGCUGAGCGAGAAUGACACCCACUGCCUCCAGUUCAGCUACUUCAUGUACAGCCGGGAUGGCCACAGCCCCGGCUCCCUCAACGUCUACGUGAAGGUGAACGGGGGCCCGCUGGGCAGCCUGGUGUGGAACGUGUCCGGCUCCCAUGGGCGGCAGUGGCAUCAGGCUGAGCUGGCGGUCAGCAUGUUUUGGCCCAACGAGUACCAGGUCCUGUUCGAGGCGGUGAUCUCUGGCGAGCGCAGAGGAUACCUCGGCUUGGACGACAUCCUGCUCUUGAAUUAUCCGUGCUCCAAAGCACCUCAUUUCUCCCGCCUGGGCGACGUGGAGGUCAACGCCGGGCAGAAUGCCACCUUCCAGUGCGUGGCAGCCGGGAAGGCAUUGGAGGCGGAGAGGUUCCUCAUGCAGAGGCAGAAUGGAGCUGUUGCCCUAGCUGCCUCAGUGAAGCACAUCAGCCAUAGAAGGUUCCUGGCUACCUUCCAGCUGGACCAGGUCUCCAAGGGGGAGCAGGAUCUUUACCGCUGCGUCAGCCAAUCCGUGCGGGGCUCCGGCGUUUCCAACUUUGCCGAACUGAUUGUGAAAGAGCCCCCCACGCCCAUUGCUCCCCCCCAGCUGCUCCGAGCAGGCUCCACCUACCUGAUCGUCCAGCUCAACACCAACUCCAUCAUCGGCGACGGCCCCAUUGUGCGCAAGGAGAUCGAGUACCGCAUGACCUCGGGGCCCUGGUCGGAGAUCCACGCCGUCAACAUGCAGACCUACAAGCUGUGGCACCUGGAUCCCGACACGGAGUACGAGAUCAGCGUGCUGCUCACGCGGCCGGGGGACGGAGGGACUGGCAAGCCGGGGCCGCCCCUCAUAAGCAGGACCAAAUGCGCAGAGCCCAUGAGGGCCCCCAAAGGCCUGGCCUUCUCUGAGAUCCAGUCCAGGCAGCUGACGCUGCAGUGGGAGCCGCUGGGCUACAACCUGACGCGCUGCCACACCUACACGGUCUCCCUCUGCUACCGCUACUUCGUGGGCACCAGCCACAACCAGACCUUCCGGGAGUGCAUGAAGGUGGAACGCAACGUCCACCGCUACACCAUCAAGAACCUGCUGCCCUACAAGAACGUCCACGUAAAGCUCAUCCUCUCCAACCCUGAGGGGCGCAAGGAAGGGAAGGAGAUGAUAUUCCAGACGGACGAGGAUGUCCCCGGAGGCAUCGCCUCGGAGUCACUCACCUUCACCCCCUUGGAGGACAUGAUCUUCCUGAAAUGGGAAGAGCCACUGGAGGCCAACGGGCUGAUCACCCAGUAUGAGAUCAGCUACCAGAGCAUCGAGUCUUCGGACCCAGCCGUCAACGUGCCAGGCCCCCGCCGCACCGUCUCCAAGCUCCGCAACGAGACCUACCACGUCUUCUCCAACCUGCACCCGGGCACCACCUACCUGUUCUCCGUGCGGGCGCGCACUGGCAAGGGUUUUGGCCAGACUGCGCUGACCGAGAUCACCACCAACAUCUCCGCUCCCAGCUUCGACUACGGGGACAUGCCGUCGCCUCUGAGCGAGUCGGAGAGCACCAUCACGGUGCUGCUGAGGCCGGCGCAGGGCAGAGGGGCCCCCAUCAGCACCUACCAAGUCAUCGUGGAGGAAGACCGGCCCAAGAAGACGAAGCGGGAGCUGGGGGGCCAGGACUGCUUCCCAGUGCCGCUGACCUUUGACGACGCCAUGUCCCGGGGCUCCGUGCACUACUUUGGAGCCGAGCUGCCUCCCAACAGCCUCCCUGAAGCCAAACCCUUCACCGUCGGGGACAACCAGACGUACAGUGGGUACUGGAACCCCCCGCUGGAGCCCAAGAAGGCUUAUCUCAUCUACUUCCAGGCCAUGAGCAACCUGAGAGGGGAGACCAGGCUGAACUGCAUUCGAAUCGCCCGCAAAGCUGCCUGCAAAGAGAGCAAGCGUCCCCUGGAGGUGUCCCAGCACUCGGAGGAGAUGGGCCUGAUCCUGGGCAUUUGUGCUGGGGGGCUGGUUGUUUUGAUUAUCCUCCUUGGAGCGAUCAUUGUCAUCAUCCGGAAAGGGAAACCUGUCAACAUGACGAAAGCUACUAUUAACUACCGCCACGAGAAGACCCACAUGAUGAGCGCCAUCGACCGGAGCUUCACAGACCAGAGCACCCUGCAGGAGGAUGAGAGGCUGGGUCUGUCCUUCAUGGAUGCACACAACUGCAGCAACAGGGGUGACCAGCGCAGCAGUGCAGUCAAUGAGUCCAGCAGCUUGCUCGGAGGCUCCCCCCGGCGCCAGUGCGGGCGCAAGGGCUCCCCGUACCACACCGGGCAGCUCCACCCUGCCGUCAGAGUGGCCGAUCUCCUCCAGCACAUCAACCAGAUGAAGACAGCGGAAGGCUACGGCUUCAAGCAGGAGUAUGAGAGUUUCUUUGAAGGCUGGGAUGCAUCUAAGAAGAAAGACAAGACCAAAGGGAGGCAGGAUCACAUGCCAACCUACGACCGACAUCGAGUCAAGCUGCACCCGCUGCUCGGGGACCCCAAUUCGGAUUACAUUAACGCUAACUACAUUGACGGUUACCACAGAUCCAACCACUUCAUAGCCACUCAAGGCCCCAAGCAGGAAAUGGUGUACGACUUCUGGCGCAUGGUGUGGCAGGAGCACUGUUCCAGCAUCGUGAUGAUCACCAAGCUGGUGGAGGUGGGAAGGGUAAGGGACCGGUCCUCUUCCUCUCCCCUACGGCUUUGGCUCUGCUGGGGCCUGUCCUCCCGCGGUGCUACAGCGUGGUCUGUUUGCUUGUGGCAGGUGAAGUGUUCCAAGUACUGGCCGGACGACUCCGAGAUGUACGGAGACAUCAAAAUCACCCUAGUCAAAUCAGAGCUGCUGGCAGAAUACGCCGUCCGGACAUUCGCCCUGGAGAGGAGGGGCUACUCGGCGCGGCACGAGGUGAAGCAGUUCCACUUCACGUCGUGGCCCGAACACGGAGUGCCUUACCACGCCACCGGGCUCUUGGCCUUCAUCCGGAGAGUGAAGGCUUCCACGCCCCCCGAUGUGGGGCCUAUAGUCAUCCACUGCAGUGCUGGCACCGGGAGGACGGGCUGUUACAUCGUCCUGGAUGUGAUGCUGGACAUGGCUGAGUGCGAGGGCGUUGUGGACAUUUACAACUGUGUUAAGACGCUUUGUUCGCGGAGAAUCAACAUGAUCCAGACCGAGGAGCAAUACAUCUUCAUCCACGACGCCAUCCUGGAAGCCUGCCUGUGUGGGGAGACCGCCAUCCCGGUCAGUGAAUUCAAGCCGACGUACAAGGAGAUGGUCAGGAUAGAACCGCAGAGCAACUCCUCACAGCUGCGGGAGGAAUUCCAAACCCUGAACUCGGUCACGCCCCACCUGGACGUGGAGGAGUGCAGCAUCGCUCUCCUGCCACGGAACCGGGAGAAGAACCGCAGCAUGGACGUCCUGCCUCCGGACCGAUGCCUUCCCUUCCUCAUCUCCAUGGACGGGGACAGUAACAACUACAUCAAUGCGGCCUUAACCGACAGCUACACCAAGAGUGCGGCCUUCGUCGUCACCCUGCACCCUCUGCAGAACACCACCGCCGACUUCUGGAGACUGGUGUACGACUACGGCUGCACCUCCAUCGUCAUGCUCAACCAGCUCAACCAGUCCAACUCCGCCUGGCCCUGUUUACAGUACUGGCCAGAGCCAGGGCUCCAGCAGUACGGGCCGAUAGAAGUGGAGUAUGUUUCCCGAUCAGCUGAUGAGGAUUUCGUUGCUCGCCUCUUCCGGGUGCAGAACAUCACACGGUUGCAGGAAGGGCACCUGAUGGUCCGGCAUUUCCAGUACCUGAGAUGGUCAGCCUACAGGGAUACGCCAGACUCCAAGAAGUCGUUCCUGCACCUGCUGGCCCAAGUGGAGAAGUGGCAGGAGGAGAGCGGUGACGGGAGGACAGUCGUGCACUGCUUGAAUGGGGGUGGUCGGAGCGGCACUUUCUGUGCCUGUACCAUGAUCCUGGAGAUGAUCAAGUGUCACAACUGGGUGGAUGUUUUCUAUGCUGCAAAGACCCUCCGCAACUACAAGCCAAAUAUGGUUGAGACCUUGGAACAGUAUCAUUUCUGCUACGACAUAGCACUGGAAUACCUGGAAUCACUGGAGACAAGAUAGCAUCGUGCCGGAAGAUGGAAAGCAAAUGUUUGUUUAGGGUUCACGCCAAACAUGCAUUUUGCACUUGGACUUUGAGCUAGUGCGACUAGUGAGAGGAGGGGGAAAUAAUGGACAGAAUAAAAAAAUUACAAUAAUGAAAAGCAAAAGGCAGGACAUGGAGAAAUGUCAGCCAUGAUAGAUCUUCAUCCUCCUGCUCUCCAUCUCCCAGGCCCUCUUUCCACACUCAUGGGAUAGAGCUCAAACAGGUUGGUUGCCAGCACUCGUUCCCUUACCAUGGUGAUGCUGCCGUGACAGCCAGGACUGUGAAACAUAGAAGGGCGAGUAAGAGGACUUCACCUGUGGACACCUUUGGACACAUCCAACGCAGGAGCAGACCAUGGCUAAAGCAGAAGCAAAGUGGGAAGGGAAAAAGAGGAAUUACAGCCUGUUUCUCAGUGAUGGUCGCAAAGGAUUUGUGGAAACAACAGUAGUUGGGGUUUUUGAAUUGUAUUUUCAGUCUAAGCAGCUUUUCAGAGGAGCCCAGAAGGUCCUCUGCAGCCUUUGGCCUCUGUGGAGACACAAGCCAUGUUGGAGUGAAGACACUAAAGCGAGUUGUGUCAUUUUCAGUCUCAGUUUUAAUCAUGAGUUUGAUGUUCGCUAAUGGAUGCCAACUUCCCGAGAGAGAGUCAUAUUUUAUUUGUGUGUGUCCCCAGAGUAUUUAGCCCAUUGGCAGAUGUGGGGAUGGGGGAAUCCAGGCUGUGUAAAAUUGGGCAGGGGCAUAACGACUGCUCCUGUCCAGUGCUCACACCCAGCCUAAGCUAUCCUGGCAAGGUUUUCUGAAGUGGCUAAGUGAUUUUGAGUGCCUCAAUCUUUUGGGUGCCCACAACGAGGUACGUUAAAGGCCCCUGAUUUUCAGAGGGUGAGUUCUCAGCCCUUCCUGGAAGGUCCUUUCAAGGUGUCUCAAACUGGGUGCCCAAAAGUUGAGACGACCACAAUCACCUGGUCGUCCUGGCCUUCCGUGUGUGGUGUUUCACAGUCUCCUGGAACCAGCCCCCUUGCCACUGGCUGCUGCCUCGCUCAAAGGACAGCAGCAGUCAGCAACUAAGCAGGAAGGAACCUUCUAAGAGGGCUGAGUCAGUAUUGCUAGCACCAGAUGGCACGUGGGAAUAGGUCUGGGCUGGGUAGCCACAGCUGGAAGCAGUGGGGGCCUCAGAAUUAAGGCCAAAAUAUUUCAGUCGGGAGGGUCUGACCCUCAGAUUAGAGCAGGUAAAUUCAGAGGAACCCCACAGAGUGGCCAGAUCCUGCACUCCGUUACAGCUGGUGUAAAUCAGAGUGUUUCCUUUUGAAGCCUGUGGGCCAAAAUCUACUAUGGUAAAUGCAGAGGAAUUCCAUUGCAAUCGCAGCCCGGAGGCUGCUGGCAGUUACACCCCGGUACAUCUAGAUCCAACCAAGUGAUAUCUGUAGCAAGUCCUCCAUUACCAGGGCAGGUUUAUCAGCUCUGAAAUGGGAGCAGCAUCUGUCCCAGGGGUGGGCAAACCAUGAUCCGUGGGCCGUUUCCGGCCCAUCAGACAUUUUUAUCCAGCUCUCGAGCUCCCGCCAGGGAGCGGGGUUGGGGGCUUGCUGCAACCCGGAGCUCCCAUCAAGGAGUGGGACUUUCCCUGCUCUGCCCACCCAGGGCUCCCCAGCACCCGACUCACAAUUCCCUUGAUGAGCACCAUCUUCCAGCACACAGAGCCACACUGCGCAGGUGCGACUUCACUGUGCUCUUUCUGGGAUCAGAAACCCCCCACCCCCACCCACGCAGCAGCACAUCCAGUCCCCUCCCGGUCUCCUACAGCUCCACCCUCGAGAGCCUCGAAACUGUCCAGGGGCUGCACCCGUCCCAGCUAGGUUCCUCUGCCCGUGGAGGUGCCUAGUACAGCUGCCUUGGUGUCACUGCCAGCAGGUCCCGUAGGAGUCCCCGGUACCACCCCUGUAGAGCCCCCUCACUACACCCCACGAGUCCCCCCUCCCCCCACCUCAGUAACAUCCCUUAUAGAGCCCCUCCAUGUUACACCCCAUAGAGUCCCCCUCCCCCACUGGGCAUUAAUGGCUCGCUGUGCAAUUUCCAUACCCAGAUGCAGCCCUCAGGCCAAAAAGUUUGCCAUCCCUCAUCUAUCCAGACAGGUAAGAAUAGACUUGGGGUCUAAUUCAUAGGGCAGCUGGGUAGGCAAGGGUGGGAUCUGGAGGAGUAGCCAGCACAGGGAUGGCAACUGCAGCUGUCCCAGAGAGCAGUGAGCGAGUGGGGAAGGGCAGAGAUGAGGUGAGCUGGGGUGGGAAGGGAGGAAGCUUUGUCAUAAGAAGUUGCAGCAAGGUCAGAGCACUGCCUUGACCUUCUGCUAUGGAACAUUAUUGAUGUGGCCAAAACUUUACGGUUUCUGGUUGGGUUGAUCCCACCUAUUGAUGGGGGUUGGCGUCAGCAGUCACUUUACUUCAUCCUGCUGUCGGAACUGGAAGAAAGGUUCAUUCCAGCAGGACGCAGCCCAGGCAGCCUCCAGCUCUCGGGGUGACGUACAGCAAGGUUUCUCCUCCAUAGCUCAUCCAUUGCUACUACCUCUGGACCCCAAAGUCCUUUGUGUUUCUCUGUUACCCUCAGCAGAUAUUAACCUGGAGUGGGUUGUGGGCGCCUGACAGCCAGUCUGACUUGGGCUUGGAAUGGUAUUCCCCUGGAAUUCCCCUCUGUUCGGCAUUGGUGAGGCCUCAUCUGGAGUACUGGGUCCAGUUUUGGGCCCCACACUACAAGAAGGAUGUGGAAAAACUGGAAAGAAUCCAGCAGAAGGCAACAAAAAUGAUUAGGGAGCUGGAGCACAUGACUUAUGAGGAGAGGAUGAGGGAACUGGGAUUGUUUAGUCUGCAGAAGAGAAGAAUGAGGGGGGAUUUGAUAGCUGCUUUCAACUACCUUAAAGGGGGUUCCAAAGAGGAUGGAUCUAGACUGUUUUCAGUGGUGGCAGAUGACAGAACAAGGAGUAAUGGUCUCAAGUUGCAGCGGGGGAGGUUUAGGUUGGAUAUUAGGAAAACCUUUUUCACUAGGAGGGUGGUGAAGCACUGGAAUGGGUUCCCUAGGGAGGUGGUGGAAUCUCCUUCCUUAGAGGUUUUUAAGGUCAGGCUUGACAAAGCCCUGGCUGGGAUGA